CUGUUGUCAGAUAACAACACGCAUUAAAUUGCCAGUACGUGGCUCACAAUUCACACGUUCGGUUUUUUGUGUGUUAAUACAAUUAGCUAUUAGCUGUAGUAUAAUAUUACUUAAUUACCACAUCAUAAAUUCAGCUUACUUUUUCGCUGUAAUAUUAUUUAUCUACUUAGACAGUAGAACUGUAGAUCUCUAAUCAUAAUAGGUACAUCGACUACAUUAUACAUUUAUUGGAAAUUCAAUUACCGAUUUCAUCUAUAGGAACGAAACCACAGAUUUAAAACCGUAGGUAGAUUAAAUUUGUCAACUUACACUAUGGCAACAAAAUGGGGAAUACUAAGUGCUUCCAAAAUCUCUCACGAUUUUGUCCUAGCUUUAGAAACAUUAUCAGUUGAAGAUCAUAAAGUUGUAGCUGUGGCUGCAAAAGAUAAAUCUAGGGCUAAAGAUUUUGCGGUUGAUUUUAAAAUUCCUACUUAUUACGGUUCUUACGAAGAGCUUGGCAAUGAUAUUAAUGUCGACGUUGUUUAUAUUGGUGCUCUUAACCAUCAGCAUUAUUCAUUGACAAAAUUAAUGCUCGAAAGUGGUAAACACGUAUUAUGUGAAAAACCGUUUUGUAUUAAUGCCAAACAACUCGAUGAAUUAAUAAAAUUAUCAAAAACCAAACAGUUAUUUUUAAUGGAAGCUAUGUGGAGUCGUUUUACGCCGGCCUAUCAAAAAGUAGUAGAAGAAGUGCAAAAUGGAACUAUUGGUACAGUCUUACACGUGCAGGCCAAUUUUGGUAGACAAAUGUCAAACAUCGAAAGAAUUUGGAAAAAAGAAGUGGGAGGAGGCUCAAUACUUGAUAUUGGUGUUUAUACGCUACAUUUAAUUGAUACAAUACUUGGGCCUGGCAAACCUGUAUCCAUAGAAAGUAAAGGAACAUUAAAUAUUCAUGGCACUGAUGAAAAUAUGUCUGCUAUUCUCGAGUAUCCCGAAGGAAAAAUAGCUGUCAUUUCGACACAUACUAAAGUGGUAAUGGAUUGUUCAGCUUACAUACAUGGAACUAAGGGCACAAUCAAGAUUCACGAACCAUUUCACGCUUCAAAAGAAGUAACAGUUAAUACGACCAAGUUUACAUUUGAACAACCAGAUACAAGAAAACCCACACUAUUUCCUAGUAGUGUUCAGUUGCGUUACGAAAUAGAUCAUGUCAGGCAUUGUUUAAAGAAAGGUUUGAUUGAAUCCCCAGUUGUUACUCUAAAUAAUAGUUAUACCGUACAAGAAAUAAUGGAUCGACUUAGAAAUCAAAUUGGUGUACACUUUGAAGAUGAUUAUAAUACUUCUUCGUAAUUUGUUGAAAUACAUAUAAAUCACUAUAAAAUAUAUAUUUAAUUUAAAGCACGUUUUAUAAUGCCUA